GUCUCCCCCACUCCCUCCCGAUGCUAGCACCGUCGGGCUUGGCUGUGGGAGCGUAAUGGCGGUGCACCGGGGACCCUCUACGAAAUGGCUCUUCACCCGGGAGCAGCUCGAAAACACGCCGUCUCGACGCGGCGGAAUAGAGGCCGACCGGGAGCUCUCCUACCGGCAGCAGGCAGCCAACUUGAUCCAAGACAUAGGCCAGAGACUCAACGUUUCUCAACUAAUCAUCAACACCGCUAUAGUAUACAUGCACAGGUUUUAUAUGAUCCACUCCUUCAGCAAAUUCCAUAGAAACGUCAUUUCUCAGACUACAUUGUUCCUGGCAGCUAAAGUUGAGGAGCAGCCCAGAAAGCUGGAGCAUGUCAUUAAAAUAGCCCACGCCUGCAUUAACCCACAAGAGCCGGCCGUAGACACUAAGAGCAACGCAUUCCAGCAGCAGACACAAGAGCUUGUAGCACUGGAAACAAUAGUGCUGCAAACGCUGGGUUUUGAAAUAACAAUCGAUCAUCCGCACACAGAUGUUGUGAGGUGUUCCCAGCUAGUGCGAGCAAGCAAGGACUUGGCACAGACUUCCUAUUUCAUGGCUACCAACAGUUUGCAUCUCACUACCUUCUGCCUGCAGUACAGGCCCACGGUCGUCGCGUGCGUCUGCAUCCACCUGGCCUGCAAGUGGUCCAACUGGGAGAUCCCGGUGUCCACGGACAGCAAGCACUGGUGGGAGUACGUGGACCGCACCGUGACGCUGCAGCUGCUGGACGAGCUCACACACGAGUUUCUUCAGAUCCUGGAAAAGACGCCCAGCAAACUGAAGAGGAUACGAAACUGGAGGGCUAUUCAAGCAGCUAAGAAGCCAAAGACGGACGGCCAGUCGGGGGAUAGUGCCUACCAGGGGACGUCCUUAGACGGCCUCCCUGGCGUCACCAACUCCUACUUCCCCUCCACCUCGUCUGACUCCUCGGACAUGCCCUCCCUCAACAUCAUUGCCGCCUCCUACCAGCCACUGAGCGACCAGUUGAAGAGCUGCGGCUACGACAGCUUCUCCGAGCCGCACCUCUCGGACUUCCCGCUGGUGAAACACGAACCCACGAACACAAAAGGCGGCAAACACCAGCAGCUUGCCGCCAACGCCGCCACUUUUCCGCGGCCGCAGAAAGUCUUGACUCUGGAAAAGUACAGGGAGAAACACGCGGCGGCAGGGGACCCGGCCCCGCAGAACGGCGCGAAGGACGAGCCGGGAACGGACGCGUACGUGGCCCCGCCGGCGCUCUCCUCGCACCACCACAAGAAGCGCUCUCAGGCGCAGCAGGGGGGCCACGCGGGCGACGGCAGGAGAGACAAAAGCGGCUCCAAAAAGGCCCGGCUGCCUCCGUCCUUCGCCGAGAACGGCUCCGCCGCGGGCGAGGAGCUCAAGAUGAGGAUCAAGGUUUCGUCGGAGCGCCACGGGGGCUCGGAGCAGGGCGGGACUCUGCCCGGCAAGGACAAGCACAAAGAGCACCGCCACUCCAAACACAGCCACUCGCACCCGUACUCCCUCAGCGGGAACAGCAGAGGGACAAUAGAGAACGCCUCCUUGUCUAUAAGGGCUCCCGACGUGGGCUCGUCCGGCUCGUCUCGCAAGAGGCCUCACUCGGACGCCGGCAGCCACAAUCACAACAACCACCACCACCACCACCACCACUCGUCCAAGAGCAGCAGGAGCAAAGGAGGCCUCGGCUCGUCCCACUACUCUGCGGAGAGCGGCCAGCGGACGAUGGAGCACCACGGCCACGACGGGAGCAACGGCGUGCUGCCCCCCAACGGCGAACACACCGACUACAAAGACACUUUCGACAUGCUGGACUCUUUACUAAGUGCCCAAGGAAUGAACUUGUAACCCUCGGAGAGUCCCGCGGUGUUGUCUAGAAUAAGGUAUUACCAUGUUUAAAAGA